GGAGCUCGCAGCGCACGUUCGUCGUAAAGCAAUACACACCCGCAGCGCUCGCUCCCCAGGCUACGCACACCCUCUGUACCCCGCGGCACAGCUUCCGCAUCAAAGGGCAGCGUUCUGCGCAGGAGAUUGCCCUUAGAAGCAGCAGCACGAGCAUGGGCGGCGGCGUAUCGUCUCUCCCGGAGCAGUUCACGCUUGCCGAGGCGAAGGAGCUCGCGGGCGACAAGUGGCGCUGGCAGUGGGCGGAGAGGUUCCCGAGAUAUCCGGGCGCCAGGAUCACCAGGGCCGAGGCGAUGCGCUGCUGGAACAAGGCCGAGGCCGCGACGGCCGCACCUGAGCCCGAGCCCGAACCGGAACCCGAGCCCGAACCGGAACCUGAGACGCCACUGCACAUCGCAUGCGCGAAUGGCCGCCUCGACAUGGUGUCGCGGUUGCUGGAAUCAGGAGUGGAUGUUAAUCAGGUGGAUAACAGCGGCUCCACGCCGCUGCACACCGCCUGCCGGAACGACUACGUCACCGUGGCGGGGCUCUUGAUAGAUAAAGGCGCGGAGGUCGAUCGGGCGAACCACUGCGGUUUAACGCCUCUGGACAUCGCGAAAAGCAAAGGCCACGAACGCAUCGUCGUGCUGCUCGGAGGGGAAAUGUUUUUGCCCCGUAGCGCUAUGCGUACACUUGCUGCGGCCAUCACCGACGACGUCGGCGCAAUCACGCAACUCCUCGACGACGGCGCCGACAUCGACCAGACGACCCGUUGGCUAUUCAUCGCCUGCCAGAUCGGCCAAGUCGAUGCGGCGCGGCUGCUACUGGACCAAAGCGCGGAGGUCGAUCGGGCGUUGGAGGACGGUCGGACGCCGCUGAUCAUCGCCUGCAAGAACGGCCACGCUGUCGCGGCGCGGCUCUUGCUGGACCAAGGCGUGGACAUUAAUCGGGCGGAUAAGUACGGUGCAACGCCGCUGCUUGCCGCCUGCACGAAGGGCCACGUCGACGCCGUGCGGCUCUUGCUGGACGAAGGCGCGGAGGUCGACCGCUCGACGGAAGGCGGUCAGACACCGUUAUUCAUCGCCUGCUACAACGGCCACGUCGACGCGGCGCAUCUAGUGCUGGACAAAGGCGCGGAGGUAGAUCGGGCGAGCGAGGGGGGCGUGACACCCCUAUGGAUCGCCUGCAGCGAGGGCCACGUCAACGCCGCGCGGCUGCUGCUGAAACGCGGCGCGGAGGUUGACCGGGCGAUUAUGGACGGUACGACGCCGCUAUGGAUCGCCUGCCAAGAGGGCCACGUCGAUGUCGCGCGUUUGCUGUUGGAAGAGGGAGCAGAUGCCGGCCGUCUGGCCAUAAAAGGCGCAACACCGCUGGACAUCGCGCAGAUGCAGAAAGCCAUCGUCGAGCUCUUCGAUGAGAUGGCCCUAUACGACGACGACGGAUCUAAGGAGACGGGCGUCGAGGAGACUAAGUCGGCCUCGGGUCGGCGCUGGCAUGGAGUGGCGAGGGCACCGCGACGAUCCCCGUUUCGAGUGCCAACUCGCUACACUUCGCCUCUAGGUCGGCAAAAGCCUUUCUGGAAGCUGGUAACAGCGGGCGGAUCGGCGCCGGGCCCUAUGGGCGUCGAGGAUAACGCAUUGGCCAAAAUCCCUAUGGGCGUCGAGGAUAACGUAUUGGCCAAAAUCCCCAUGGGCGUCGAGGAUAACGUAUUGGCCAAAAUCCUCCAAGAAGAAGAAGACUUAUGGGCCGCUCACCAACUGGCGUCGACAGACAAGCGGCACUGGAACCCGGCGUCAACAAAUAACACGAGCGGCUUGUUGACCGGGCCUGAAUACUCGAGUGAUGAUAGUGGAGACGGGCCUCCGGUCGACGACGCGGAUUUAGAUGAACUGUCCCGCCGAGUCGCUUCCGAUGAUGUACGUGUAUCGGCUAUAGGACAAGAAGCUGCGUGCGAAGCCCUUUCGGACAGACCAUCUCCGACCGCCUUGCACGUCAUGGACGACGGAGGCAGGGACGAAGACGAGCACCUUGCACAUCACCUUGCAUCGUUGGACAAAAGACCCUGUAAUCCAUCGUCGUUUGACCAGCCCCGCCGCGCCGACCGCCGCAUAGACAUCCCGCCGGCCACGGUCAUCGGCCGGAAGUACCGAAUCAAUCAAAGGAUCGCCAGUGGAUCGUCUAGCGAGAUAUAUUCGGCCACGGUCAUCGGCCACGGUCAUAAUUUUUGCAGCUGUACAAAUUGCAACAAACAAGUCGCGAUCAAGUUCGAGAAGCGGUCGGCGCGGUGUCCGCAGUUACGGCACGAAUUCAAGGUGUAUCGGGAGCUCCAAGGCUGCACGGGCAUCGGGCGGGUGAUGUACUUUGGCACGUACCGAGAUUGUAACGUCAUGGUCAUGGAGUUGUUGGGACCUUCGCUCGAGGACUUGUUCAAUCAGUGCGGCCGACGGUUCUCAUUAAAAACGACGCUCCAAUUAGCCGACAAACUGCUGGAGCGGGCGGAGACUUUGCACGAGAGCCACUUGAUCCACCGCGACAUAUCACCUGCGAACUUCGUCGUGAGCCCGCGGGGCGACACGAAAAUAUUCUGUAUUGAUUUCGGGUUGUCUAAGCGGUAUAGACAUCCUCAUACUUUACAACAUAUCCCUUACCGAGACGAUCGUUCCUUGACGGGGACGACUAGAUAUGCCUCCGUGGCGAACCACCAGGGCGUGGAGACCUCACGACGGGACGACUUGGAAUCAAUCGGCUAUAUGCUGGUCUACUUUCUGCUCGGCAGGCUCCCCUGGCAGGGCCUCAAGGUGCCGCACGGCGUCGCCGGCACCGCUUCCCUGAAACAUCGCCUGAUCCUGCACAAGAAGACAACGAUACCCUUGGCCGAGUUGUGUCGCGGCUGCCCCGUCGAGUUCCAGGAGUUCAUCCAGUACUGUCGGGAGCUCCAGUUCGACGCGAAGCCGAACAUGAUUUAUGUCCGAAAUCUUUUUAGGGAUUUAUACCGGCGGCACGGCUUCGAGAAUCCGCAGCAGUGGGACUGGGAUGCCGCGAGGGCACCGCCCAGGCCGCUUUCCACAGAGACGGACGACAGACCGGGCACCGCGGGUGCCGUCGCACGGCCGGGCACGGCGGACACUCUCUCUACUUCGUCCGCGCCGACGCCGCAAUCGCAGAAGAACCAGGACCACGCGGCACGCAUCGCCGACGUGCAGUGGAAAAAGGUCUACGCGGCGACAUGUGUGGGGCCGACAUGUGUGGGGCCACAAGCACAAGGUCUAAGUCUACGCGGCCCGGCCUGGCCCUGGAUUUCGCGCCGUGGGACAAGCGAGCGGGCGAAGGGCCACGAACGAGACCUCGUGAACGAGCUCCACGACUACGAAACGAGCGGCGGUGAUCUCGACUCCAUCCGCCAGCACAUCGACGACGCGGCGAGUGCGCACGUCUGGGACAUGUUCUUGGCGAACUACAAGUGCUUCUCCCGGACCGGGUUAACAUAUCCCGUCGACGGGACAUGUUAUACGGCACUCACACGUGGAGGUCAAAUACGGCUCAUCCCCGACCGCCCCCGCCUCGGGCCCCGCCCCAAACCCCGAUUCUGAAAAAUUUAGGGUGAGAACUACAAGGCACCUUCGCGAAGACUAACAGAGAACAG